GAGCAUUUCUUCUUUGUGUCUUAGAUUCUGAUUCUUGAUUGGUUUCUCCAUUUUUGGCAAGUUGUUUCUUGAAUUGCAAUAAUGGCUAGAAGCUGGGUUAUUGACAUUGGAGGACUUGCAAAGAAAGUGAAGAAUAAUACAUUGCCAUUAGCUGAUCAAAUCAAUGACUGUGGAGCAUAUUGUGAAUGUCCAAUAUGUCAUUAUCACAUUGAUAACAUUGAUGUUUCUCCUGAGUGGCCAGGCUUUCCGGCCGGCGUGAAGUUUGAUCCUUCCGACGUAGAACUGUUAGAACAUUUGGCAGCAAAAUGUUGUGUUGGGAACAAAGUGCCUCAUGCCUUUAUCCAAGAUUUCAUCCCAACACUAGAAGGAGACCAAGGAAUAUGCUACACACAUCCAGAAAAUCUUCCAGGUGCUAAGAAAGAUGGGGCCAGUGUUCAUUUCUUUCACAAAACAACUAAUGCAUAUGCUACUGGACAACGAAAGCGUCGAAAGAUUAAUCAUCAACUAGGCCUAAGUGAGGAGCAUGUUCGCUGGCAUAAGACCGGUAAGACCAAAGCUGUAACAGAAAAUGGAGUACACAAGGGCUUCAAGAAGAUCAUGGUUCUCUACAUAAGGCCCAAGAGAGGAGCAAAGCCGAAUAAAUCGAAAUGGGUGAUGCAUCAGUACCAUCUAGGGAGUGAAGAAGGUGAGAAGGAAGGUGAAUAUGUGGUUUCAAAGAUUUUCUAUCAGCAGCAGAAGAAAACUAAGAAGAAUAAGCUGAAUCCAUUGGUGGCUGAAGAUUCUGUCAUGGCAUUACAAGCAAGUCCAAGAACACCGAAUCCAAAUCCACCAAAACGGCCUCGGACAGGAAAAUCUGUUGAUUUUGAUGAAACUGACCUUAUGCUAUUCACUCAGGGUGGAAAGCCUACUAUUCAUGGAGAAUCACUUGAACCACCACCAUCUGAAGUUCAUGGUGAUGAAAAUAAUGGAGGCUUUAACAACACUGCAUUGUUAUCUGUUGAAACACAACCUGUCAACUCUGACUUUAUUGGAUUGGAUGAUAUCUUACUAUGCAAGGAACAGACAUUAGAUUCUUCUUCUGCU